AUGUCCCUCCUGUCAUUAACCAACCCUCCCGGCUGGAGCGUGUGCUCUGCUCUCUGUAUCCUCAUCGUGUUGCUUCGAGAGGUCAAAGCAGACAACCUGAACACUACCACUCAGCGCAAUGGCGGGGGAUCCCAGUGUGGGGAGUACACUAACCAGGAAGUUAGGAGUUGUUCAAAAAAGUGUCUCCUCCAUCUCAAACAGGUGUUGGAGGAUGGGAUGUGUCGGCUGGUGGCCACUCUGCCUCAGCUGGAUGAGCAGAAAUGCCCGGAUAUGUUUCGCUGCACAGAUGAGGUUUCCUACUGGCUGCACGAGAACGAGGAGAGGAAACAGCAGAUUGCGGCGCUGAAGGAGACCAUCUCUGAACUGCAGGAGGAGCUGAGGAACCAUCGGCACCGCAUCAAAGUCCUGGAGCUGCAGAGUGAAGAGAGGAACCACUUGAAUAUCUCCUUGGAGCAGCGUUUUCAUGAGAUGGAGGCUCACUAUGUUGAAGCCACCACCCUGCUGCACCUACAGGGCACUCUCAUCCUAGAUCUCCAGAACCAACUCCAUAAUCUGACACUUUUGGUGGAUAGAGUAAAAAGAAGCCCCGGGUGCUUGAUCAACAUCGUCCGCCCCAACCCACUGAUGAGCGCUCAAGAAGCUCUUCACCCAGGUACACGCUCUCAGAAACAUGCAGUCACUCGUGCUAUGAUCUGCCAGCAGAGGGCGCCAAGCCCCCACUGCAGAUUUACUGCUACUUUCAUGUCACAUUUUCUUCCUUCAGAGAUUCAACAUGUGAGGAACUGUCCCAUAGACUGUGCCUCCAUCUACUACAAUGGAGUGCGAAGAUCAGGUCUCUACACAGUAGUGCCAUCACUGGCCGGCAUGCCUGUGGAGGUGUAUUGCGACAUGGACAAAGAUGGUGGUGGCUGGACUGUGAUCCAGCGGCGUGUUGACGGCUCAGUGAGCUUUGACCGCCCCUGGAGGGACUACAGGGACGGAUUUGGUGACCUGCACUCUGAGUUCUGGCUUGGCAACAAACACAUACAUGACCUGAGCACCCAGGGAGACUACAGCCUCCGCAUUGACCUGGAGGACUGGAGUAACAAACACAAACACGCCCUCUACCAGAGCUUCAGUGUGGACGACGAGGAGCAUCAGUAUCGUCUCCAUGUGUCGGGCUUCAGCGGGACAGUGCAGGACUCUUUCAGCUGGUACCACGACAAGCAGGGCUUCAGCACCCCCGACAGUGGCAACAUCUGUGCUGAGAUCUCCCACGGUGGUUGGUGGUACAACCAAUGCUUCUAUGCCAACCUUAAUGGGGUCUACUACAGGGGAGGCCAUUACAUCCCUAAAGGCCGGGGGCCGCUGGGUCCUGAUGGGAUCGUUUGGUACUCCUGGAGAGACUCUGACUACUACUCCCUACGCAAAGUCAGCAUGAUGAUCCGCCCACGCAGCUUUCGGACCCGUCUUUCACCCUGACCCACUGUCUUCAUGACAACGAUUAGGAUGCGGGGACAAUGAUGUGACAACAGUGAUCAUGUGGGCGUGUCACUGGGACAUCAAUUGACAGAGCUUAUCAAGAAGGAAGUGAAUGUCAAUUAUGUCAACAACAGUGCAACCAGAGAGAUGUGGAAAUGGCUUCUCUUCUGCUAUUUUUGGGAGAGGAAGAAAAAAAACUCUGCAAGCUUGAUAUUCCCCAAAACUGCUGACUCAUUUUAUAGCAGCAUAUUUUUGAUUAACACAAAACUUUAUACUGUAGAGUUUUUGGGACAUGGACAUUUUUCACUCAGUCACAGGAAGUGAGUUCUUCCUUAUUUUCUACUACUAUUUUGUACCUUUAGUUUGAUACUUUGACACACUAUUAGCAACCCAGCCAAAACAAAAAAGGAGGUACAUUUGCAUGAUGUGUUGACAGAGGAGUGAAGGGAUCUCACAGUUCCUACCAACCAGAGGAGGCACGUGCAACUGGCAGGCAGAUCACUUGAGACUGUUCGAACGCUCGGCAUAUGGUGUUUGCUCAUUGCAUAUUUAUGAUUACUCCAUUAUUAUCCCAUUUUGCUACUACAAACUAUGAAUUUAAUCGAUUGUGUAAACUUAUUGAAAUCAAAAGGAUUUAAAUAUUACUCAAGUCAGACAGAAGAACACUGACUUAUGUUAGAUAUAAUAACCCCAUCCUUUUAAGUGCUACUGACUCACAGCCUAGGGUCAGGCAGAGAAGAUGUGCUAUUUGAGGAUUGUGUAUACAUACACAUUGUAUGGAUAAAAAAAAUAAACAUAUAUACAAAACCUGACAUAAAGGGGGCUAUUUAAUAUAAACACAAUGGUUCAAGUUCUGCUAGAGCACUCAUGUGAAAACUAAUAUCGGUGACUAACAGGUGGAAA